CCAGCGAAGAACUGUCGAGGUAGAAAAUAUUUCAAGACGGUGACCGAUACUGUGAAUAGGAAUAUACUAUAUUGUAUUUCCUAUUAGUAUUAAUUGUGCCUUCAUAACAUCUAAAUACUUUAUGAUGAGCUGUUUGUAAAAGGGUAUGAACCAAAUAGACGCGGUUUGCUUUAGAAUGUUCACACUUUAUUUUGGUCAUUAAGUUAAUGAAUGUUAGCCAAAAACAUAUUUAAAUGAAUUUCACUUAAAUGUUACACUUUGCAUGUUAUAGAUCAACUAUAUCAUACAUAACUAGACAUAGAAUAUACUAAUAUGUUUAUAUUCGCAAUAAAAGAAAGCACAUACAUUAUACGUAGUAGCUCUAUGAUUAAAAAGCAGCAAAUGAUUGUGAAUAUUACGCACAGACUGGCAAUUUUAAAGCCCUUAUACAUCGUUGCUUCACUCUUAAGGUUUGCGUUUAAAGAACUAACUUCAUAAACACUAAUGUCGAUUCAAUCAUAAUUAUUGUAAAAUGUUAACUUGAUUGCAUCGAUGCAUAUAUGUAUGGUUUCUCUCUUUUUUUCAAUAACGUAAAAAUAAGGUACUUGUGAUGACUUCCUCUAAAUCCUAUUUUACACCAAUAGAUUGAUAAAGAUUAAGCUUCGUAAAACAUCAAAUGUUCUGAAAUAUUCAUUCAUUACAUCAUAUGGAAGAGACUAUAUUAGGUACUGUCUUAUUAUACAAUAUUAAAGGUUAAUAUGGAUACAUUAUAGUUUAAUAUUUUGGAUAUAAAUCACAAGGUUUUGUGCGUGUUAUUCAUUGUGGUAUAUCAUCUUGCUCGACACUUAAGAGUCGUGUGGUAUUAAGUAACAAAAGAACAAAAAAUUUAAAAUAAUAACGAACUUUACAAUGCAUGCUACUAUAUAUACACAUGGACCAUUAAGCUGCUACUACUACAACUUGUAAAUCAUUAAGUUUCAUAACUAUAAUGGCUUCAUCAUCAUCAACAUUAUUACAUCAUAAGAUUUCAAAAACACUGAUGAUUUUACUUAUUAUAAAUUUCGUAAACCUAUUUCAAACCACCUCAGCUGUGACCAACUCCAAUUCCAACUCCCACUUCUCAAGAUUCUCGAGACAUGGAAGCUCAUCAUCGAGAACCAAACAAGGGUUUCUAGCAUCGGUCCAAGCGAGUAUGAACCAUGCUAUCUUGGCUCGUUCUCUCGCUUUCAAUCUCACUCUUUCUCAUCGAACCACACAAGUCCACAUGGCCGAUCCCAUUCACGACUGCCUUGAGCUGCUCGACGACACACUUGAUAUGUUGUCUCGCAUCACCAUGAUGCAAGACAAAGCUUCAAGUGACGACGAUGAAGACGUUCAUACAUGGCUAAGCGCAGCCCUCACGAACCAAGACACUUGUCAGCAAAGCCUCCAAGAAAAAUCCAACUCUUACAAACACGGAAUCGCGAUGGAUUUCGCCGCAAGAAACCUCACCGGUUUGUUAACUAACUCGCUUGAGUUGUUCGCAUCCGUGAAGUCAAAAGGCCGAAGACUCUUGUCAGAACAGGCGCACUAUCCGAGGUUUGUUACUUGGCUAAAAGAGCGGAGGCUUUUAGAAGCUUCGGUGGAGGAACUGAAGAUUGAUGCGGUGGUGGCUGCAGACGGUAGUGGGACUCACAAAACCGUAGGAGAAGCGUUGGCUGCGUCGUUGGCGAGUAGUGGUGGCAGAACCGUAAUUCACCUGAAAGCUGGAACCUAUCAUGAAAACAUCAAGAUUCCGACAAAGCAAAAGAACGUUAUGUUAGUUGGUGAUGGUAAGGGUAAAACGAUCAUUGUCGGUAGCCGAAGCAAUAGAGGCGGCUGGACUACAUAUCAAUCUGCCACCGUCGCUGCUAUGGGAGAGGGGUUUAUAGCGCGCGACAUAACGUUCGUGAACAGUGCCGGACCCAAAUCGGAGCAAGCGGUGGCUCUCCGCGUCGGAGCAGAUAAAUCCGUCGUGUAUCGAUGCUCCGUCGAAGGAUACCAAGACUCACUCUACACACACUCCAAAAGACAGUUCUACCGAGACACAGACAUCACCGGAACCGUCGACUUCAUAUUCGGAAACUCCGUCGUCGUGUUCCAGUCAUGCAACAUCGUCGCCCGGAAGCCCUUACCGGGUCAGAGAAACUUCGUGACGGCGCAAGGGCGGAGCCACCCGGAGCAGAACACGGGAAUCUCCAUUCAGAACUGCAAGAUCACGGCGCAGUCGAUGACUUUUCUUGGCCGGCCGUGGAAAGAGUACUCGAGGACGGUGGUGAUGCAGUCUUUUCUCGACGGGUCGAUCCACCCGUCGGGUUGGUCUCCUUGGUCGGGUUCGGGUAGUUUCGGUCUCAAGACACUGUUUUACGGGGAGUUUGAGAAUACGGGUCCUGGAUCAUCGGUUUCGGGUCGGGUUAAAUGGGCCGGGUAUCAUCCGUCUUUAACGGUGAAGGAAGCGGAAGGAUUUACUGUUGCUGGUUUCAUUGGCGGGACGAUGUGGUUGCCGUCAACGGGCGUUAGUUUCGACUCUGGUCUUGUGAAGUGAGCUUAAGCUGGGGUGUGACAAUUAUUAUCUAAAGUGUUUUGUAAUCGUCUUAGUUUAAUUGUGAUUAACACUUUCUUAAUUAAUUCAUACUGUGUGUUAAAUAAUCCUAUUUUCUUUCUAUUAUUUGUUUGUGAAAAUGUAAAGAAAUGUUGGCUAAUAAAAUUUGGAUGGAUUGUUACUACUAAAAUGUUAUACAUUUCACAAUAUCUCUAUU